AUAUGCAUAUAUAUACAUGUUUUGAUUCUCGGAGAAUUUCAUAAUCUUCUGCAUGCGUUAAGAUAUUUAUUUUCAGUGAAAAAUUUGGGUAUGGGAAAGAGUUUGUUUCAAGAAUCUCUCAAAGCUCUGGAAGCUGAUAUUCAGUAUGCUAAUACACUGGCAUUAGAGCAUCCAAGGGAUAAAGAAGGAGGAUGCUUUCAGAUGAGGCUAUCUUACAGUCCUGUGGCUCCACUUUUUCUCUCUCUUGUUCAAUGGACUGAUUACCGGCUUGCUGGUGCUCUUGGUUUGCUCAGAAUUCUAGUUUUUGUGACAUAUGGAAAUGGGAAAACUACUAUUUCAAUAUAUGAAAGGAAAGCAAGCAUAAGACAAUUUUAUUCGGUUAUAUUUCCUGCUCUGUUGCAACUUCAGAAAGGCAUCACAGAUUUGGAAGAAAGGAAACAAAAAGAAGUAUAUGCUAUUAGAUACCAAAAGAAGACUGAUAAAAAAGGUAGAAGAGAAUCUGAAAUUGACAUUGAAAGAGAACAGGAAUGUGGAGUUUGCUUGGAAGUGAAAGCUAAAGUUGUGCUGCCUAAUUGUUGCCACCAAAUGUGCUUUGAGUGUUACAGAGACUGGUGUCUUAGGUCUCAGUCUUGCCCCUUUUGCCGGGAUAGCCUGAAGAGAGUAAACUCUGAGGACCUUUGGAUUUACACAGACACAAGUGAUAUAGUUGAUGUUGGAACAAUUUUCAAAGAGAAUUGUAAGAUUCUGUUUCUUUACAUAGAAAAGUUACCUCUUAUUAUUCCAGAUCCCAGACAUGUGUCCUAUGAUCCAUUUUUUAGGUAGUGGUUUCAAAUCUCUAUAUUGCCCUCUCAUUGUACAUGUAAAUCCAUUUGGAUCAUAAUUAAAAUGUAUAUAUAUAUUCUAUCUUUUCUUACUUUCAGCUUCAAGUUGAUAUAAUUUAUUUCCACAACCACAGGGGUAUUUUGGUUAUUCUGUUAUAUAUUAUAUAAUAAUCUUCUUAGGAUUGAGAUGAAGAAUUAAAAAUAGUACAGUAACCUUAUCCUUUAGCUAUGGCAAUUUAAUUUAAUUAAUGUAUUAUCCAUUAAGUGUACAAAAUGACAAUGAUGGGAAAGGGACUGUAUCACAUUUAUCUAAUGUGUAGGCUCCAUCCACUUGAUAAGAUUCCAUCUUUUCAUGAUAUUUUGAUGCUUGUUUGAAAGAUUGCUUAAACAAGAGGUAAAAUGUCCAUAUCUUGAUCCAAUUUUGACUUUAAUGCACUAUUUUUUCCUUGUCUGCCUUGUGAAUCCAACAUGUCUCUUGGAAAAUGGAGUAGAGAUAUUUUUCAUUUCUUUGAACUUUCUUACUUUAUUUUUAGAUGUAUAUGAUCAGUACUAAAAUGUCACUUUUUUCUGUACCUUAGGUUAUACUAAUAGAUGAUGGGUAGGCCCAAAUUUGCAAUAUUUUAUUGUCUGCAUUUACAUUUAGUAUUGCCUUGAAAAUUGGAUUAUAACACCGUGUUUGGAUUGAUAAAAUAUAACAGAUCAGAGUAGAAUGAAAUAUAACGGAGUAAAAUAGAAUGAAGCGAAACGAGAUAUGAAUCACACUCCAUUGUUUGAAUAUUUAAUUAAGAGUUUCAUUUAAUUGCUUACAUUCUAAGGACGAAUUGUUCGGGUUCUACUCAGAUUCGAUUCUUGGUGAAAACAAGGUUUGGCUAGUGAGUCGUCUCUAUGAACCACAAAAUCAUCAUCAAUCAAAAAAAUGUCUUCCUGUUUAAAUUUCAGAUUAAAAUUCUGCUUGGCACAAAUAAUAUCUGCUCUCAAUGAAGGGGAAAUUGAUCUUUUUGGAUUACUUGAUCUUAGAUUCAGAUACUAGAAUUUUAAAAAAUAAUAACAUUUAUAUUUUGUUUUAGAAAUAAAGAGAAUUGGAACAAAUAAUUA